CUCGAUCCAGAAUCACAAUCCUCAUCUAAUCACACCACUGGGACCAACACUCAGAGAACCUCAAUGCGCUCUAAUCCCUUUGAGGAUAACCAUUCCAUUCAAACUACCGGCACGGAAGGAACCAACGUUAUUCCUAUCGCCCUUGUUACUUCCGAUUCCCUGCACCACUCUGCAGUUUUGUCUGAGACGGAAACCUCUCGAUCUCCAUCGCCUACGCGUCCUGCUUGCACUCCGGAAGUUGACCUUAAUCUGGAUCAUAUAAAUGUGUCUCAUGAUUCGCUAAAGUAA